AUGAAUAUAAUUAUAUUAGAAUUAUCGUGUGUUAAAAUAUAUAUCAAUGAUUUUUUUGAAAAAAAUUGUCCAUUAAAUAGUUUUAUUAGUUUAAUAGAAAAUUUUAAAUUUAACAGCGAAAAAUAUUCAGAUAUUGAUGAUUUAAAAAAUAUUGUUAAAGAAAAUAAUGUAGCACUAAAAAAUAUUGGUUGCUCUGUUUAUAAAGGCUAUACAUAUUUAACUGCUCACGAUGAAGAAAAGAGAAGAAUACUUUGCAAUUAUUUAAAUCUUUGGCUAGAUGAAAAAAAGAGCAUAAAUGUAACUAAUUCAAUUAUUACUGAUACACAAUGGGAGCUUAUUGAAGAAUUAUGGAAUCUUUUAAAACAACGCUAUUAUCGAAAUCGUUGUGAUAGACAAGAAGAAAUAAAUACAUUGGAAAUAAGGAAGCGGAUUAAUUUAAUGGUUUAUUGCGUAAAUAGAGAUUAUUUGAAAAAUAUGUGCUCACGUGCUAUAAAUAGUAAUCAUAAUAUAGAAAACAAAUGUUCAGGUUUUUCAAUGUUCACAAAUAAGUAUUAUGAACAAUUUUUGAAUGAAAGUGGAUGCUUUGGUGAUACUAUUAAUCCUAAAGAUCAUAGAUAUUUCAUUGAUGAUAAUUGUAAUUUACAUAAUAUGGCCAUCACGUUCCCUAAAUUUGAUUCAGAAUCUAAACAAAUUGUAUAUAACCAUGAAUCAAGGAAACCUAUAGAAAAAUGCAAAAAUACUAUACAAUCAGGAGGUGAUAACAAAGAGCUAGCCGCCCCAUCAGAGACAGAAUUAACUUCAACCGAUAAGCGGUCUUCAAAACCUGUCUAUUGCGCUGGGUUGUCAGCAUUGGGAAUUGUUUUCACUUCCAUAGUUUUGUAUAAAUACACAACCCUUGGAUCGUUCAUCC